AUGAACAAUUUUGAGGUCGCAACAUUCAUAUUAGGGAAGCUUGUUUUUUAUGGAUGCACAAGUUUAGAUAUUCAAAAAAUUGGAACAAACUUUAACCUUAUUAGUACAGAUUCACAACCGUUUAUCAGAACAGGAAUUACAACAUUAACAAUCAACACAGGAGUUCAAUAUUUGUUCUGUAACAGUCCAAGUUUAACAACAGUUGUCUUUUCAGAAACGAGCGGAUUGACGUUUGUUCCUUCACACAUGUUUGAGAACUGCACAAGUCUUCAAUCAGUCACAUUCAACAGUGGAAUGACAACAAUCAAAAGAUUUGCAUUCGCAAACACAGCAUUGACGAAACUUGAUUUGAAGAAUGUUUUCAUUCUCGAACCAUUAUCAUUCUAUAAAUCAGGUGUCCAAGAGAUCACUUUCAACAAGAACGUCGAAGUUAAAAAUAUCUGGGAUACAGAAUACAAAGAUGAAAGUGACGUCAAAGGAGAAUAUGAUGAUGUUUACACAAUCGAACAGAUGAACAAAGGAAUUCUUUCAUAUUUGACACAGUUCAUGGAUGUUGAAUUCGAAAGUGAUUUCAGACUAAUCGAAAAGUAUUCAACACAUCGUUUCUGUGUCUUCUUGAACGAAUCAAGACUUACUAAGAUCACAUUAGGCAGUAGUGUUACAGAGUUCAAAUCAUCGAUGUUCGCAAACUGUUCAUUGACAACAUUCGAUGUUACAGGAAACAGCAACUUCGUUUUUGAAAGUGGCAUUCUUUACAGCAAAUCUAAGAUUGAACUUAUUUGCAUUGCCACAUUAGCUGCAACUGAAUACACUGUUCCAUCAUCCAUCUCUAUCAUUUCUCCAUUCGCUUUCACAUUCGUUCCAACAAUCACAAAGAUAACAGUUCCAUCUUCUGUUGCCAAGUUUAACUAUGCCUUUGCAAACAUGAACAGAUUGAGAAACAUUACAUUCCAAGGCUCUGUUUCAUUUAUUCCAGAUGGUGCAUUCUUCUGCUGCCACUCUCUCAAAAAUAUCGAAAUUCCAUCAUCAUCAACAGUCACAAGCGCAGGUGAUCUCUCAUUUGCAUUCUGCUACUCACUUGUCAAUUUGAUGACAAACUCAUUCGAAAAGAUUGGCAGAGGAUGCUUCAUUUGCUGCCAAAAAUUGAGCUCAGUUGACUGCAGUAAAUUAACAAUCUUGAAUGAGUUCACAUUCUAUCAUUGCAUAGGCAACACAACAUUCACAUUUGGUGACAACAUCAAGAUCAUUUCAAAGAAUGCAUUCUUCAUGUCAUCAAUCGAAUCAUUUACUGUUCCAGCUAAUGUCAUAUCAAUUGAACAGCAAGCAUUUUCAAUGUGCAAGGAGUUAACAACCGUCACAUUGAAUUCUAAGUUGGUUCGCAUUGGCAAAGAAGCAUUUGCAGGCAGUGGUGUCAAGAAUAUCCAGAUUCCAAACAGUGUUAGAUUCAUUGAACAGUCUGCUUUCGAUAACUGCAAGAAUGUCACAUUCUCAUUCGAAACAGGAGGCCAUCCAUUGUUUGAUGUUGACAACAACUGCUUCAUUCAUAAAGCAACAAAGAACCUUCUAUUCACAUUCGGUGACACAUAUCACAAGUUCACUGUUUCAGAGAAAGUUAAAGAAGUUUUACCAAACUCUCUUCGCUUCACAACAGUUCAAAGAGAAAGAAAUGAAGGUGGAUUCACUCUUUUCUCCGGUGUCAACACAUUAGUUAUCCCAGAAGUUGUUUACGAUGUUCAAGACAAUCUCACAAAUAAUCCACUCAUCGACAGUGUCUGUCUCGAUGGAAUAUCUACAUUCAACUUAUUCUUCCCAAUCAGAAAUGACAUGACAGUUUUCAUCACAGAUGAUUUUGUGUAUGGAACAUAUUACAACACUAUACACGUUAUCCAUGACAUGUGCAAAGACACAGUCGACUCACGUUAUGACCCUCGCCGUUAUGACAGACUUGAUGGCAUCUAUGAAGGAAACUGCUCAACAUCAAUCAACGACACAUACACAUCGGAAUUCAGUGAUCCAAUCUAUGGCGGAAACUUCCCAUUCAUCAACCAGAAGCAGGCCAAAGCAGUCUUUGAAUAUGCUGGUGUUUCCCCACUCACUGCAUUUAUAUCCAUCUAUGUCAUCCUUAUUACCCUCGCUCUUAUCUUUUCAGCUCUUUAUAUUGCGCGCAUCAAUUAA